GCGAGCUGGCGCGCGCGGCCGCUCGUGUCGUGAGGCCGGCCUUCCCGGCCCGCCGCCGUCGCCCACCCGCGCGGGAGCCAUGGAGGGAGUGAGCGCGCUGCUGGCGAGCUGCCCCACGGCCGGCCUGGCCGGCGGCCUGGGCGUCACGGCGUGCGCCGCGGCCGGCGUGCUGCUCUACCGGAUCGCGCGGAGGGUGAAGCCCACGCACACGGUGGUCAACUGCUGGUUUUGCAACCAGGACACACUGGUGCCCUAUGGCAACCGCAACUGCUGGGACUGCCCCCACUGCGAGCAGUACAACGGCUUCCAGGAGAAUGGAGACUAUAACAAGCCGAUCCCCGCCCAGUACAUGGAGCACUUAAACCACGGGGUGAGCAGUGUGCCCAGCCCCCGAGACCCUGCACAGCCACAGCAGUGGGUGAGCAGCCAGGUUCUGCUGUGCCGAAGGUGUAGCCACCACCAGACUACCAAAAUCAAGCAGCUGGCCGCCUUCUCACCAAGGGAGGAGGGCAAGUACGACGAGGAGAUCGAGGUGUACCGCCACCACCUGGAGCAGAUGUACAAGCUGUGCCGGCCGUGCCAGGCCGCAGUGGAGUACUACCUCAAGCACCAGAACCGCCAGCUGCGUGCCCUGCUGCUCAGCCACCAGUUCAGGCGCCGGGAGGCUGACCAGGCCCACAUGCAGAGCUUCUCUUCGUCCAUGAUGAAAGCCCCAAUCCAGGUCAUCCUGCUCCGGGCCUUGGCCUUCCUGACCUGCGCCUUCCUGCUGACCCUUGCACUGUAUGGCCCCAGCGAUCCCUUUACCCCAGGGGCUGCCCUGCCUCCGGCUCUGCCCCCUGGUGGCAAUGGCUCAGCUGUGCCAGAUAACAGCUCUGCCACUGAGUCUGAGGGUUGGCGGCAGCUGCUGGGCCUGCUGCCGGAGCACAUGGCCGACAAGCUACUCGAGGCCUGGGCCUUUGGGCAGAGCCACCAGGUGGGCAUCGUGGUGCUGGGCCUGCUCACCUGCCUGCUGGCUAUGCUGCUGGCCGGCCGGAUCAGGCUCAGAAGAAUUGACGCUUUCGCCACCUGCCUGUGGGCCCUGCUGCUGGGGCUGCACCUGGCUGGGCAGUACCUGCAGGCAGCCGCCCCCAGCUGGCUGGACACGCUCAAGUUCAGCACCACGUCCCUGUGCUGCCUGGUGGGCUUCACCGCGGCUGUGGCUACAAAGAAGGCAGCAGGCCCCAGGAGGUUCCGGCCCCGAAGGUGCUUCCCGGGAGACUCCGCUGGCCUCUUCCCCUCCAGUCCCCGCCUGGCUGUGUCUUACUCAAGCACCACGGGUUCCUCGCCGUCCCUGUUCAUCCCCACCCCGCCUGGCUUCCUGCCGCUGGCCGGCCAGCAGCUGUUCCGGUCUCCCCGCCGGGCCUCCCCCUCCUCACUGCCAGGCCGGCUCAGCCGGGCCCUCUCGCUGGGAACCAUUCCCUCUCUGACCCGAACAGACUCAGGGUACCUGUUCAGCGGCAGCCGCCCCCCAUCUCAGGUGUCUCCACACGGAGAGGUUCCCCUUUCAGAUUACUUCUUGCUGUCUGGGAGCCUCCCCUCCUCCCCGCUCCCCUCCCCAGCACCUUCCGUGGCCAGCUCCGUGGACUCCAGCUCUGGCUCCCUGCGCCACCGCAGGCCUCUCAUCAGCCCCGCCCGGCUCAACCUGAAGGGGCAGAAGCUGUUGCUGUUCCCGUCGCCCACGGGAGAGGCCCCCCACACCCCCAGCAGCUCGGAAGAACCCUCGCCACCCAGCGGCAGCCUCUUCACCAUCGAGCCUCCCCAGGUGCCGCCCGGGCCGCCCAUGCGGGACGCCAAGCACGCUGUGGACAUGAGGUCGGUGCUGGCCAGAGACGGUGCCUGUAACAGCCGCUCCAUCAAAAAGGAAGACGACUCCUCCCAGUCAUCCACGUGUGUGGUGGACACCACGACCCGAGGGUGCUGUGAGGAGGCUGCCACCUGGAGAGGGCGUUGUGGACCCUCCCUGGUCCGCGGCCUCCUGGCUGUGAGCUUGGCUGCCAAUGCGCUCUUCACCUCAGCCUACCUGUACCAGAGCCUGCGCUGACCCGGCCAUCUGACAGCCAGGCCGGGCCCGCUGACCCCGCCGUGCCGACCUGUGCCAGGGCCUGCGCCGGCACCCGACUCCGCAGUCCUCCACCUCGUGGACGGCCAGUUCCAGUCCCCAGGACGCCUGCUUCACCCACCACCUCCGUGGUGGACGUGGGUUGUGUUUGGUGCUGACUCUGACCCUGACACCAGGAAUCCCAGAGAGGCCGCCGGACCCGCGGCCCUCACCCCACAUCGGCCAGGAGAGGGUGCACUGCUGUGAACUGAGCCCGGCCCGCGACCUGCCAGACUUGCCCACGCUUGGGCCACCUUGAUGCCUGGGGAGGUGGGAAGGGAGGGACGGUCAGCCUGCCUCGCCCCUUUCCAGCCCCUCUAACUCCUGGGGCUCCAGGGUGGGGAGGACCGUGGUGAGCCCCGCCCUCCCUCUCCCUCACACUCCUGCUCUGUGUACCCCUAUUUUGUGACUUGGUGAAGCAGCCCCCAGGCCGUCUCCCCCUUCCACUCACCUGCGCUGCCACUCAGAGUCCUGGCUUGACCCCUCAGAUCAUCUGGAACCCUCCCCACCCCUGAGGGCCCCCGGCUCCCUUUACAUGACCUCUGACCCCUCCCCCAUCGGCCCUCCUGACCAGUACCACCACUGGCCCUGCUCUCUGGCCCCUGUGUUUGGCCCCCAAGCGCAGGAAGAGGGGAUCUUGGCACGCACCACCCUGGCUGUGCUGCAGGGUAUGAGGCCUCGCACCCGCCGCCCCACCAGUCUGUCAGUCUGUCCAUUCUGUCAGAUGCUCGCGUCUCCCCACUGGGGACGUGGUGGGGGGCGGGGCAGGAGGAGGGUCUUCACUUGCCAUUCAGGGAUAAAGUUUAUUUUAUUUUUCUACACCUCUUGCCAGGCCUGGCCCGGCCGGUGCUGGGCCGAAGGGUGCCUCCCCGCUCCCGCCCGGGAGUCGGUCUCUGAAGCUCUGGGUGCUCUAAUGUCAUUUUUUAAAAACCACACGGGGAAGGGAACCGCGCCGACCUCGCCCCUCUGCCGGGCCAUGUCCAGCCCGCCCUGCCCCUGGUGGGCAGCAGGCGCCAGGGCAGUGUUAGGACCAGAGGCCAGCUGCCCAGGAGGCUUCCAGGGUGGGGGGUGUCUGGUUUUUAUGUUGUACUUCUAGCCUAAGCAGCCCGGCCCCGGGCUCGGAGCCCGCGGGGCAGCGCGGGACAGGGCAGGGCCGGGCCGGGCCUCAGCUCACCCGGACGCAGCACACCCUGGGCGGGGGUGGGUGGGCGGAACUUUGACUUGGGUUUUGUUUCAAAAAACACAUUAUUUUUCUU